CUUUCUUCAUCUGCUGCACUUUUCCUUAAGAUUUCCUCCUAAUAUACUGGCCCCAAAUUCAAAAUUCCCAAUUUCAGACGUGUCCAGAGAGGACAUAUUUUUUUCGACAAAACUUUGUUCGCAUUUUUUUGAUAAGUAGUGUUUGUUUGGUUGCCAGAGACGCGCGAUGCAUCCCCUUCUCGUAGACGAUAUUAUUCAGGAAGUGCGGACGGCUUUCCCAGUCCGUGACCUAUCGCUGGCUAUGGAUACCUUGACCCAUGUGGAAAGGCCAAACCAGCAGCUUUCGCCGCCUAGCACUCCCCAUACGAGCAACUUCGCAGAAGGAGAGGGCCUACAAAAUUUCAAGUUAGCUACCCAUGGCCAGGUUGAAGAGGACGAACAACCUCUGGUGGCCAUAAUGGGGUGUGGCUAUGUGGGGACACAACUUAUCAGUUGCUUCUCGCGCAAAUACGACGUACUAGGCUUUGACGUCUCCAAGGAGCAACUUCAUAAGUUACGGGAGGAAUAUGGAGAAGAAAGCCGAGCUAGCUUCAGUCUUGAUCCUCGGGACCUCACAAAAGCCACCCAUUUCCUAAUUUCCGUGCCGACGCUUCUCAAGGCUGACAAAACGAUCGACACCUCCUACGUCAAAAGCGCGUUGAUGAACGUUCGAAGAUAUGCCCGAGCAGGUUCGACUGUGGUGAUCGAAAGCUCAGUCGCUAUAGGGAUGACGAGACAACUGCUUGGGCCCUUAGCUAAAGAAAGGGGGUUCUUUGCUGGGAUGUCUCCCGAGGUCGUCUUCCAGAGAGUUGAUCCCGGCCGAACCGAGCCGCCGAUGAAAACAAUUCCGAAAGUUUUAUCUGGCCUAGACGAUGUCGUCCCAGGAUCUCUUGACGCCAUCACGCGUUUGUACUCAGGCGUGUUUGACACCAUCGUUCCCGUUUCCACGCCAGAGACAGCAGAAAUGACGAAAUUAUACGAGAAUUGCCAAAGAAUGGUAGCCAUCACAUACGCAAACGAGAUGGCGGAUGCUUGCAUCGGUCACAAUAUUGACCCCUACGAAGUGUGUAAGGCGGCAGCAACAAAACCGUUUGGUUAUACGCCGUACACACCCGGCCUUGGCGUCGGUGGGCACUGCAUCCCAGUUAAUCCAUACUACCUCCUGGCUAACAGCUCAUUUCCUCUGUUGAAGAUGGCAACCGAGACCAUGUGGCAACGGCCGGAGCGUAUUGGUCGCCGAGCGUUGGAUGCGCUCUUCCAUGAGAAAUCACAACAGGUCACCGAUGGACAAGUUCGACCUGUUCAAAGAAGACCAAGUCAAGCGGCUCGUGUUCUUGUUGGCCAUGAUGGUCUAUACAUCAGUACUGAUCCAGUGCUUGAGCAACCUGAACAAGAGCAUCAUGUCGAGAAGAUGCCCCAGGUUACAGGGACGAAUCUUGCAUCACGCGACGGUGUUAUACGACCCCGAGUGCUUGUUGUCGGAGUGGGAUUCAAGGCGGGCCAAUCACACCUUAGCAAUUCCCCAGGACUCAAGCUUAUCCAGACUCUUGCCGACUCAGGCCGAGUUGAUGUUAUGUUUGCAGACUCACUAGUCGGGCAAUACGCUAUCCCUCACAUCCCUCGGCUUAACAUGGACGAGUGGAAUAAAGAAAGCCUCGAAGAAUUUGAUAUGAUCAUUGUCGCAUUCAAGCAAACGGGUAUGGACUUCAAGGUCCUAGAGGAGGUGAAGAAUGUCAAAAUUGAGAUGUGGUGCCCCUAAGCGGCGAUAUUCUCACUUUCCAUGAUUGAAGACAUUUUCAGAUCAAUUCGAGGGAUGAUGUUCGAACCGAAUGAGUAGGAUCAUCUCCUACUCAUCUCACGCUGAGGAAUUGCAAACAACUGCAAAAUCUCGAUAGCAGAACACAAAUGUUGUUGGUACUUUGGAGCAAUUGGAAUUGGAUUAAGAAAAAAAAGAAGCCAAAUUAAUCGUUACAAAUCUAUGUACCUAACCUAGGU